GCACGCCUCGCCCUUCUGUCUCCUCCCCUCGCCCUCCCUCCGGCACCUCCACGCGGGGCAGCCUCGCGAGCCGGCCCUGCGCACUUUGCCCCUUGUUGGCAGCGAAUAAAAGGGGUCUGAGGAAAUACGGGACACGGUCACCCACUGCCAGCUGCAGCCUUUAAAUUUCCCAGCCUCGGGAGAACCACGCACAGCGGGUCCGGCCAGACACGGAUCCAGCGUGCAAAGCGCAGAGAAGGGUUCCUUCCCAGCGCAGCGCCAAAGCGGGCUCCGGAGCAGAAGUCCGCCCUCUGCCCUGGGAAAGUUAUCCCGGCAUCCGAGCGCCCAGAUGCCGGCCCACUUGCUGCAGGAGGAGAUGUCUAGCUCCUACACCACCACCACCACCAUCACGGCGCCUCCCUCCAGGCUUCUGCAGAAUGGAGGCGGCAAGUUGGAGAAGACUCCUCUACCCGCGGAAGAAGACAUACGCCCUGAAAUGAAAGAUGAUAUAUAUGACUCUAGCUACCAGGAUAAGGAGGGUCCAAAGCCCAAGUUCGAGUAUGUCUGGAGAAAUAUCAUCCUGAUGUCUCUGCUGCACUUGGGAGCCUUGUAUGGGAUCGUGCUCUUCCCCACCUGCCAGAUCUACACUUACCUCUGGGUAAUUUUCUACUAUUGUGUAAGUGCCCUGGGCAUAACAGCAGGAGCUCAUCGCCUGUGGAGUCACCGAACUUAUAAAGCCCGGCUGCCCCUGCGGGUCUUCCUGAUCAUUGCCAACACGAUGGCAUUCCAGAAUGACAUUUAUGAAUGGGCCCGAGACCACCGUGCCCACCACAAGUUUUCAGAAACAGAUGCUGAUCCUCAUAACGCCCGACGUGGUUUUUUCUUCUCUCACGUGGGUUGGCUGCUUGUGCGCAAACACCCAGCUGUCAAAGAGAAGGGCGGUUUGCUAGACUUGUCUGACCUAAAAGCUGAGAAGAUGGUGAUGUUCCAGAGGAGACACUACAAAGUUGGAAUCCUGUUGAUGUGCUUCAUCCUGCCCACACUGGUGCCCUAUUAUUUCUGGGGUGAAACUUUUCAACACAGCUUGUUUGUUGCCACUCUCCUGCGUUACGCCAUUGUGCUCAAUGUCACCUGGCUGGUGAACAGUGCUGCCCACCUGUAUGGAUACCGCCCUUACGACAAGAACAUCAACCCCCGGGAGAACAUCCUGGUUUCCCUGGGAGCUGUGGGUGAGGGCUUCCACAACUACCACCACACCUUUCCCUAUGACUACUCCGCCAGUGAGUAUCGUUGGCACCUCAACCUCACCACGUUCUUCAUCGACUGCAUGGCUGCCCUUGGUCUUGCUUAUGACCGGAAGAAAGUAUCCAAGGCCACCAUCCUGGCGAGGAUUAAGAGAACUGGAGAUGGAAGCUGCAAGAGUGGCUGAGUUGGGGUCCUUCAGUUUCCUUUUCCAAAAGUCAGCUGGUCAGAGAUUUAAUGUUCUGUUUAUUAACUACUGAAUAAUGCUACCAGGAUGCUUAAAGAUGAUGACGUUAACCCAUUCCAGUACAGUAUUCUCUUAAAAUGUAAAAGUAUUGAAAGCCAACAACUCUGCCUUUAUGAAGCUAAACUGAUAUUCUUAUUUCUUCUCUCUUCUCUCUCUUCUGGUCCCAUUGGCCUUCUCUUUGCUUAGUUUCUAUCACCUUUCUUUCUCUUCCCCACUCAUUGCCUCCCAGGCAAAAUGCGGGUAAGUCAUUAGAGGGUGUCCAGCUACCAAAGCCUAGCCAGCUUUUUUGGAGUAUAACACCCUUUCCUUGAGCUGUCUUGAGCUUCAGGGUAGAUGGCUUAAGUUAGAAAUAAAACUUCUGGAGAGGCCCCUGUUGAUUAUCUUCAGCCCAGGCUUUUUCUAAUUGGAAUGAAAAAUAACUGUUUUUGGCACAAGGCUUUUCUAGAACAGGGCAAUUGUCAGAGGAGAAAGUUAGCAUGCCUGGUAUGAUUGACAAGUAAGGGUGGAGCAGGGUGGGAAACAUGGAGGAAGUUCCUGCCAUAGUCACACAGAGCUGCCUGCCUAGUGAGGACUUCAAGCUCCACCACGUGGCAUGCUUCCUUUCUCUCCUGACUGUGAGUAGGGAAUGGCCCUGGAGCUUGGCAAUGCUAAAACACAGAAGCCAGUUUUAAGGUUUAGGCUGGGGAUAAAGAAGCAGCAUUUAGUUUGCAGCAAGAGUGUUCUCUGCUGGGGAAGGAUUUUUUUUUUUUUUUUUUUUUACCUUAUAUAACAGAGAGAUUUCUUGUUUCCUAUAUCAAGAAGUCUUCAAGUUGGGUGUUGGGUGUCUCCAGAAUUGGUGAAUCCAGCAGUUCAUGGAAUCAUCAAAGUUCUUUCAUCUUUCUGCUCUGCCGUCUUCAGGAGCUUGGUCAGCUCCCCUCAUAGUUCCAAAGUGGCUACAAUACUUCCAGACAUCCAAAAAAAGGCAGAACUUUAGGAAGUGGAGUUGGAUCAAACGUGAAAAAUAUAUACAUAUAUACUUUGCUUAGAACAUUAAAGUCAUUCACUUAGAGUGGUUCCCUCUGAAAGAGGAAUGCUUGGAGAAACUUUGAAGGAGAAGAAGAAUUAGUUGGAAUGUCUACUUUCCCCUCACUGCUGGACAAAAAAUGGAGAGGUUUGAGGGGCAGGGUCUGUAGGCAGUUCCUAAGCAAGAACUUUACAAAGGAAGGGCUCUGAGAACACGUUGCCAGGGGAUACAGACAAUUACUGAGGAAGUUAUCGGGUGUCCUAAUUUGAAACAUGGUCAUACAAGUCAGAUGCUAAGUUCGUUCCUUAAUUCCAAUUUCUCCUUGGGAUGUGUAAAAACUAGAAGGCUUCUCCCCAGUGUCACACCCUCUCACUCACUCCUUGCUGUCUUGCUGUGUUAACAUCUGGCCUAGGGUAUAGGACUGCCUGAUUCUUGAUUCCUGGCUCUUCUCUUUCCAUCCCUUUUCUCACACGGGCUCUGUUGCCUCCCUGGCGUUUUCUCCCUUCUCUGGACAGGCAGGCUCCUUUGUGUUUAUACAGAGACAGUGAUGGCUAUUACCAUCCAGGCAGCUCCCACUCCUGCAGACCCAAAUGCUCAGGGUCACCGAACCACUGUUUCUUUUUAUAAAGUAGUUAGCUGCCACUUUCAUUUGGCCUCCAGAGUCACUCCACCCCACACCCCUGUGCUCCCCUGCCACACUGAUGACUCAAGACAAGGCUGGCAAACCCUACUAGAAACACCCCUAGCUCAGAGAGGCUCUCUCUGGAGGCACAGUCAAGCCAAAUGCUUGUGUUGUGCCAGUGAGCCAGCCACGGAGGACAAGAGGGUUUGUUUUUGGUCUCCCCUGUCUGGCUCAGAACCAGAGAACAUGCUGGAUGCCCUCUUCCCCACCCCCACCCCCACUUGCUCAGUGAGCCUGCCCAACCUGAGUCAGUGCACCCAGCUGACAGUGCAAUGCUUGUAGAAGUAGGAGGGAGCCCGGUCUUCACUGGGACACACAGGCAAAGGGGAAUUCCAAAGUGCCUCACUUAGAAAGGAGGCCCCAUUCCCUGGAACCAAGGUGUGCUACAAACUAACCAGCAUUGCCCACAAUACAACCUAGGGCAGACAACAGUAUAGAAGUCCGAAAAAAAAAAAAAAAAAAAAAAACAAAUCU